UAGAUACAGUAUCGGUCGAGUCUUCGCGUGUUGUUUGCUUUUCGCUCUCGUCGGGUUCACGUGUGGAAUAUUCCUAAAGAAAGGCUGAAAUGAUAUUGGUGUUGAUUCUGUGACAGCGAGAAGAGACGUGCUCACGUGAGGAUUCGUGCUAUAUAGCUAAGCAUUUUUUAGAUUUUCGAGAGGAAUAACUUCAAUUCACUGGUGCAGUUCGAAACGUAAACUUUCGUCAUAUUCGACAUCAAAAUAUGGAGAAAGCCACAGGAUCUGGUGGUAGCAACAUGGAACCAUCAGCACCUAUGCAAGCGUCAUUACCAACAGGUCCACCUUCUUACGAAGAAGCUAUUGCUUAUGGUGGAGGUUUACCUAAUCCACCAUACCCCGUAGGAGUAUCGCCGAUGCCAGUACCACCAACGUAUAACCAGCCACCGAAGCAGACUACAAUGCCAAUGCCCUCGAAUUAUGUCGUGCCGAAUGACCACAGUGCAUCGCAACCGUUUAAUACGGAUCAGAACUUUGCACCUCCGCCGGAAGUACGGAUCAUUCACCAACACGUAACCUUCGCCCUAGGUCCACACGCGAUCAAAAUGACUUGUCCGACAUGCCACGCUGACAUUAAGACCACUACGAUAUCGGAUCAUCAACCGAGUGCUCACAUCUGUUGUAUCGUACUCUGCUUAUUGGGAUGUUGUCUAUGCUCUUGUUUGCCAUACUGCAUGAGCGCCUUCAUGAGCGUCCAUCACUUUUGUCCUAAUUGCAAAAAUUAUAUUGGUACAUGGAAAGGUUGAUUGCUACUAUAAAAAGUGCGUUUAGGUGACACGCACUUUCUCUCAGCCUUCCAUGUAAUUAGGUAUUAUGUUAUUUCAUGAAAACAGAAGAAAACCAAAAAAAAAAGAAAAGAAAAAAAAAACAAAAAAGAUAACAAAACUAUUCGAUACUCUAUACUUGUCUCGCAUAAAAAGUAACGGAAGAAUGGUUAAUAAGGGUACCUACAUAUAUUAUAGCAGGUUGUGCUGCAAAUAGUAUGUAUGUGUGUAUGUAUGUGUGUAUUUAUGUACGUACAUAUGUAUGUAUGUAUGUAUGUAUGAUGUAUGUAUGUGUGUAUGUGUGUAUGUGUGUAUGUAUGUAUGUAUGUAUGUAUGUAUG